UCUCCCAAAAGUUGUCAUUUAAAAGAAGAAAAGUAAUACAAUUAAAAGAAAGAAAAACAAAGUGUUAAUUAUGGGUUUCUCUCUAGGAACUGCAAUUACUUAUUAUUGUAUAGUUUUGGUAGUGUUUGAAUCGACCGGACAUGUUGCCGGCGGCUGCUACAAAGCCAUCGUAAGUUUCGGCGAUUCGGUCACCGACACCGGAAACCUUAUUCACAAGUCCAAAGUAUUAUCCAAGGGCUUCGUCAAGUCGUCGGUGCCACCCUACGGCGAAACGUUCUUCCACCACCCCACCGGCCGCUACUCCGACGGCCGCCUCAUCAUCGAUUUUAUCGCUCAGAGCAUGGGGCUUCCACUGGUGCAACCUUAUUUCGGCGGCGAAAGAAACGGUGAUCGGAGUUUUGCGGAAGGAGUGAACUUCGCGGUGGCGGGGGCGACGGCGAUGGACAUGUCAUUCUUUACGGAGAGAGGAAUUAUUAAUAGCUGCACAAAUGUAUCUCUGGGGAAUGAAUUGGAUUGGUUUAAGCAGAUGCUGUCAUCUUUUUGCCAGACGCCGUCAAGAUGCAAGGAGUAUUUAGAAAGCUCAGUAAUUCUAAUGGGGGAGAUUGGUGGCAACGAUUACAAUUAUGCAUUCCUUCAAGGCCAUCCCAAAGAAGAAGUUAUGUCUUUUGUUCCCAAAGUUAUUACAGUCAUCGCUUCAACUAUCAACGAACUAAUUAAAUAUGGAGCGCAAAUACUAAUAGUUCCGGGUAACCUACCAAUUGGAUGUUCGCCAUCCUAUCUAUCGUACUUCAUGACUUCCAAUGCAAGCGAAUAUGAUCCCCAGACUGGUUGCAUUAACUGGUUAAACGAUUUUACUGAGUACCACAACGAACUACUUCAAAAGGAGUUGAACCAUCUCAGAGAACUUCAUCCUCAUACCAGAAUAAUUUACGCAGACUAUUAUAACGCUGCAAUGCGGUUGUAUAGAUCUCCAAACAAUUAUGGAUUUGAGAAUACUUUGGAAGCUUGCUGUGGAGGUGGGGGCCCAUACAAUUCUAAUCCGCAUGCGUAUUGUGGGUCCCAACUAUCAACGGUUUGUGAUAGCCCUUCAUCGUAUAUUAGCUGGGACGGGAUGCACCUGACAGAAGCCGCUUAUCAAUGGAUAGUUGAUGGGCUUCUAAUUGGCCCAUUUACAAGCCCAAAAAUCAAUGGCGAAUGUAUUCUGUCGCGCCCAAAAACCAAAAUUCCGGACUCUUAGCGAUUGGGGCUGUCAGCAGCCCAAUUUGAAAUUAUUGAGCUUUAAAUUGCGUGGCC